UUCCACUGCCCCUCCCCGUCCAGCUACAAGUGGAGAGCUAUGAUGUCGUUCGAUACCUCUCUUCGCUAACGAGGUACUCUGGGUGAUCGCUCAACAAAAUUUCUCCUGCCAUCGAUUGAGCCUGCAAAAUACACCUUCUUGCGCUCGAGAAACCACAACAUACUGCUCGUUGUUCAUUCUUUCUAGUUGCCCAUUAUGUCUCAAAUGCCUUUCCGGUCCACGCCUCUAAAGCGCCCCUCAAGGCAGCUUUCACUAGACCCCCGCGAGGACCUCAACCCUCAACUGAAGCAUUACAUUGGUAUCGAUGUGGGUACGGGCAGUGCCCGUGCGUGUGUCAUGAACGAGAGGGGAGAUAUCGUCGGGGUUGCUGCUGAGAACAUUGGUCUCUGGCAGCCACAGACUGGAUAUUACGAACAAUCAACGACAGAUAUUUGGCGAUGCAUUUGCCAAUCUGUACGAGAGGUAAUGACCAGUCAUCAAAUCGACCCAGCUACCGUUCAGGGCAUCGGCUUCGACGCCACCUGCUCUCUGGCCGUCUUCUCGCAUGACACGGACGAGCCAGUCGCAGUGACAGGGCCCAAUUUCGAGAAUGAUGGGAAUGACCGAAAUGUCAUCCUGUGGCUUGACCACCGACCGGUCGAGGAGACCAACAAAAUCAAUGCUACAAACCACAAUUUGCUGCGAUACGUUGGGGGCAAAAUGUCGAUCGAAAUGGAAAUUCCGAAGGUGUUGUGGCUGAAGAACAAUAUGCCAAAGGAGCUGUUUGAUCGUUGUAAAUUCUACGAUUUAACGGAUGCCUUGACGCAUAUUGCUACUGGCAACGAGACCCGGAGCUUCUGCAGUGUGGUGUGCAAACAGGGUUUCGUACCUGUUGGUGUGGAUGGCAGUGUCAAGGGCUGGCAAGGGGACUUCCUUGAGGCGAUUGGUUUGGGAGAGCUGGCUGAAGAUAACUUCAAGCGAAUGGGCGGCGUUAAUGGAGUGAAUGGACGUUACCUGACUGCUGGGGAGAUGUGUGGUACUCUCAGCGACAAAGCUGCGCAGGAUAUGGGCCUGGCUCCUGGUAUCGCUGUGGGAAGUGGUGUCAUCGAUGCCUAUGCUGGCUGGAUCGGCACUGUUGGUGCCAAAGUCAACUUAAACUCAGAUGAACUUGACAGCAGCGUAGCCAAGAACGACGUAUCUCAGGCAUUCACUCGCCUUGCCGCCGUUGCCGGCACGUCGACGUGCCAUUUGGCUAUGUCAGAGAAACCAGUCUUCGUGAAUGGCGUGUGGGGACCGUACAGAGAUGUGCUAUUGCCCAACUACUGGAUGGCGGAAGGUGGCCAGAGUGCCACCGGUGAGCUCCUCAAGCACGUACUUGAAACUCAUCCUGCGAUCCAAGAAGCAAACUCGGUAGCCGAAACGUUUAACACAAAUAUAUAUACCUAUCUCAACGAGCAUCUCGCAGAGAUGGCUCAGAAAGAGAAUGCACCAAGCAUCAGCUGGCUGGGCAGGCACUUCUUCUUCUACGGCGACCUAUUCGGAAACCGUUCCCCAGUUGCGGACCCGAAUAUGAAGGGAUCUGUGAUUGGACUGAGCUCUGACAAGAGUCUAGAUGGUCUCGCUCUCUAUUACUACGCUACGAUGGAGUUCAUUGCUCUGCAGACUCACCAAAUCGUCUCAGCCAUGAACAAGUCUGGCCACGUCAUCUCUUCGAUUUUCAUGUCAGGAUCGCAGUGCCAAAACCCUGUCCUGAUGGAUCUGAUCGCAACCGCAUGCGACAUGCCCGUGCUAAUCCCACGAUAUGUGCAUGCGGCCGUUGUUCAUGGUGCUGCUAUGUUAGGCGCGAAAGCUGCCAGUACGGACAAAGACGGUAACAGCGAGCCGUUGUGGAACAUCAUGGACCGGAUGAGCAAGCCUGGAAAGAUCGUUCGCCCUUCGAACGAUGAGAAUCAGAAGAAGCUUCUACAGGCCAAGUACAAGGUCUUCUUGGAGCAAUGCGAGAGCCAGCAGCGUUACAGGAAGGACAUCGAUGCCAUUACGGAGGGCUGGGGUAAGAAAUAGGUCUAUCGAUUUAGCUU